AUGGGUGAACAGAUUGUGGAAAUUGAACAGGGUAAAAUAAAGGGGAAGGUGCUAAAGAAUUUCGAUAACUUCGAGUAUUGUAGUUUCAAGGGAAUUCCUUAUGCGAAGCCGCCUAUUGGCGAACUGAGAUUUUCUGUACCUCAGCCACCGGAUUCAUGGGAAGGCGUCAGAGAUGGGACCAAAGACUGUAACACAUGCGCACAGUUCGACAAAGAAGUACAAGGAGUUAAGGGACAUGAGGAUUGCUUGUACUUAAACGUCUAUACGCCGAAAUCUUUCACUGAAGGCGAUAAAAAAUAUCCUGUUAUGGUCUUCCUUCAUGGAGGUGGUUUUCUAUUCGGCAAUGGAACGGACGACUCAGCGCACGGUCCAGAUUACCUAAUCCAAAAAGAAGUUGUCAUUGUUAGUAUCAAUUAUCGACUGGGCAUACUCGGUUUCCUGUCGUUGAACCGCAAAGAGGCUCCAGGUAACAUGGGGUUGAGAGAUCAAGUCGAAGCACUAAAGUGGGUUCAGAAAAAUAUCUCUCAAUUUGGCGGAGACCCUGACAGUGUUACUAUAUUUGGUAUAAGUGCUGGUGCUUCGAGUGUCGAACUACUCCUCUUGUCACCUUUGUCUAAAGGUCUAUUUCAUAAAGCCAUUGCUCAGUCUGGGUCUUCUUUAUUGCACUGGGCUCAUAAGAUAGACAUAAAGCAACUUGCUUACAAGAUACCGAUUCUACAAGGUAAAGUAAUCACCGACGACGAUCAACUGUUGAAAUAUUUAAAAGAUAUGCCUACGAAUGAGCUGAUUACAGCAUCUAUGGUUGUUUUGGCAACGGAAAAGGCACAAGGAGGCCUUCAUUUUGGUUUUGUGCCUACUGUAGAAAAACAUGGUGAUUGGGAACCAUUUUUAAGUACACUACCCUAUGAAUUAUUGGCUAGAGGUGAGUUUCACAAAGUUCCAUACAUGACAGGAUUUUGUUCUAGAGAAGGAUUGCUAAUGAUUUCGCAUAACAAACAGACUCUGGAUAAAUUCGUUCAGGAAAAAGUUUUUGUGGAUUACUUACCGUUUGAGCUGGAUGUCUCGGAAAAAAUUGACACAGAAUUGAAGCUGAAGAAAAAUUAUCUGGAAGCUGAGAGAAUGUACCAAGAAGAAGACGAAUACGCAAUAGAUUUCUUUUCAGAUGUCGACUUCAUCGGUGGUAUUUAUACCGCAGCUAAAUUAAUUGCCAAACAUAAUGCACCUGUCUUUUUCUACGAAUUUUCUUAUGACGGAAACUUAAAUUAUCUUAAAAAAUGCUACAAUAUUGAUAGAAUGGGGGCGUGUCACGGCGACGAUGGCGGAUAUAUUGUAAAGAGCGAUAAAUUGGAUGGACCCAUCUCCGAUUUAGACAUACUUGUCCGAAAUUCUAUGAAUCUAAUGUGGGCGAAUUUUGCACGAUACGGAGACCCAACUCCGAAAGUUGACUCUUUGCUGACGACGAAGUGGGAACCUAUAGCUGAUACGGGAAUUGCCUGCCUCGUCAUAGACAAAGAGAUGACCAUGAAAUACGAAGUCUAUCCUCAAAGAAUGAAAGUGUUUCAAGAGCUCUAUGAAAAGAGACGUAAAACUUGCAAUUAA